AUGAGCGCCAUCGACCCAGGAGUCGAAGACGGCAUCAAGGAGAGCGCCGACGAUGUCGAACCCGACAAGGAGGGUGCCGACUACGAUAGAGAUGAAUCGCGAUCACUACAGCAGCCCAGCCGGUGGUGGUUCGCUUCUACUGCUUGUCCCUUACUUGCAGGUACCUUUGGACCCAUGGCCAGCGGCUUCAACAUAUGUGCGCUUGUUCAGUACUGGAGGCAGACGAUUCCGCCGGAGCCGAAUGAUGCUGAGGUGCUUGGGCACAAGAUUGAGGAUCCUGAGUGGGUGCUUAUCGUCAACAUCUUCUCUUUGGCCGCAGCAGUCAUAGGCAAUGCGGCCCUUCUACUCAACAUGGCUCGCCGAGUCAGGUUUUCGAUUGCGCAGCCGACCACGAUCACUGGCUUCCUCACGGCAGGCAUACUUCUAAUCGCAGAUACGGCUACGCUAUCGUCACAGCCCGCUUAUGGCCUCACGAAAGAGACUCUGCUUCCUCCCUCCCGACAUGCUUUAACCCAAGCAUUCUACUACGCCAUCUUCGCUGCAGUCAUCUACACCAUCCUCGGCUUACUGAUGUGCGUCACCGUCUACGGCGCAAACAAAGGUCACUACAGCAAGGACUUCCAUCUGACUGGCUCUCAACGAACACUGAUGCUACAAACGAUGUCCUUCAUCACGUACCUCAUGCUCGGUGCACUCGUCUUCGGUUACAUCGAGGAAUGGGAGUAUCUGGACGCCGUAUACUGGGCCGAUGUGACUCUCCUCACUGUCGGACUGGGCGACUACCAUCCCACCAAAGCUCUGACACGAGGCUUGAUGUUUCCUUUUGCAUUUGGUGGCAUUCUCAUGGUCGGUCUGGUCGUUGGCAGUAUCCGGUCGCUUAUCCUUGAACGAGGCAAAGAGAAGCUCAGUGCUAGGAUCGUCGAGAAGAAGAGGUUUUACGCCGUACAUAAUGUGGACAAUCGGAAGCAGACUAUCAAGGUCUCGAUGUUCGCAAAAGUGGACUUCAGCACUGAUCCGGCGUUGUCUCCGGCGCAGAAGCGGGAGGAGGAGUUUAACGUCAUGCGCAAGGUCCAAAAAGCAGCUGAGCGCGAGCGUCGAUACUUUGCUCUUUCCCUCUCCUCGACCUUCGCCCUGAUACUCUGGUUUGUUGGAGCCGCAGUGUUCCAGCAGACUGAGUUCCAGCAAGAAUGGACGUAUCUACAGGCGUUGUACUUCUCCUACACAUCGCUCUUGACGAUCGGAUACGGAGACUUCGCGCCUUACUCCAACAGCGGGCGGGCCUUCUUCGUGCUGUGGUCGCUGCUCGCCGUGCCAUCUUUGACCAUCUUGAUCUCUAACAUGGGUGACACUGUCAUCAAAUGGUUCUCGGAUCUCACAAUCUGGAUCGGCUCUAUCACAGUCCUCCCAGGUGAAGAAGGUCUGCGGGCAUCUACUAGGGCUGCUGCGAGGACUCUGACGAGCUGGAUGAAUGACAGCAUCAAGAGCUUCACGCCUCCAGGCAUUCUUGGAGCCGCGCCGGCUGAGCCUGAACAGCGGCUCGAGCGGAGUGAUUACGAGAAUAAGAUGCUUGACAACCUUGCCGAGCGCCUUGGACGGCAUACUGGAGACCGGCACGUCGACUUUGUUUCCGAGAGUGAGAAGGAGCAGGAUACCAUGACGAAAGACAUCCAAUUUUACCACUACGUUCUCGCCCGCGAAUGCAGGAACGUGCAAAAGGAUCUGAGCGCCAGUCCGCCCAAAGAAUACACCUGGCAGGACUGGGAAUACUUCCUCAAGCUCAUGGGCAAUGAAGACGACCCAGCCGACUUUCCAGGCCAACAACACCCAGACAUCCUGGUCCCAGAAGCAGUUCGAGCACCAAAAUUCAUGAUGGUAGGGGAGCCCUCUACCCACCUCACGCCCGACUCGCGCGGAAGCGACGAGAAAGCCACAUCAUCCUCCGACGAACCACAAAAACCUGAUGAGAUGGACGGCAACAUCGACCGCAAGACCUCUGUCAUGCGCCAAAUGACCGCGAAACGAAAGCAGUUCCGCAACCGGAAGGGUCGCCGUCCUGAUGACGAUUUUUUGAUGAGUUGGUCGUGGCUGUCGCAGGACUCGCCACUGAUGAGCCAGAAGAGCGAGGCGGAGUGGGUGCUGGAGCGGUUAAGUGCGGCUUUGGAGCGGGAGCUGAAUCGGCAGAGGAAGGGGUUUAGGGUGCAGCCACCGAUUGGGUUGAGGGAUGCGAGGAAGAGGAAUAAAAUGGCGGGUAACAAGGAGGGAGGGGAAGAUGGGGCAGAGGAUGCAGCGCAGGAGAGGGAGCAGGACGCUCUGGAGAAGGCGGAGAAAAGUGAAGAGUAA